UUGAUAUAAAACCCUUUUCUUGUCUCCAAAUCUUUCAGAAACUCUCAUAUCUGUUACAUGUCAAUGGCUUCUGCAAGUAAUAAUCAAGCUUCAUCUUCUUCUUCUUCAACUUUGCAUCCUACUAAAUGGGACGUCUUCUUAAGCUUCAGAGGAAAAGAUACACGAUACACAUUUACCGAUUAUCUAUACCAUUCCUUGCAGCGCAAUGGUAUUAAAACAUUUCGAGAUGCUCCUAAUAUCCGCAGCGGAGAAAUUAUUACAUCAGCAUUGUUCCAAGCUAUUCAAGAUUCCAAAAUUUACAUUGUUGUCUUGUCGCAAAAUUUUGCUUCUUCACAGUACUGUCUUGAUGAGCUCGUAGAGAUCCUCAGUUGUCGCGGAAAAUUGGAUAGAUUGCUUAUUCCGGUUUUUUACUGCAUCGAACCAUCGGUUGUCAAGUACCAAACCGGAAGUUAUGGUGAAGCUUUCAGAAAACAUGGAAAUUAUCAUGGUCCGGAUUUGUUGGAUAAGUGGCGUGCAACGUUAAGGAAGGUGGGGGAAUUUUCAGGAUACCAUGUCCGCGAAAAUACGUUUCAAGUUGAUGUUAUCAAUGAAAUUACUGAUAGGGUUUUACAAGAAAUUAAUACCAUGCCUUCGGCUCUGGAAGUAGCCCAAUAUCUUGGGAUGAAUUCUCCUGUUAAAGAUGAGGCAACAUUGUCGAGUAAUGUCACAGCAGGUGUGCACAACCAAAACAAUGGCCCCUUUAAGGGUUCUAUGCAAUCGUGA